GACCGACACCCCUGCUGACAUCAUCACCGCCUCAUCUGUCUCCAUGACGAUCAGAGAGCGAAUCAGAUGCCACUAUCAGACCCUCACCAGCCUGAGGAGGAAGUCUUCACCUGACGAACUGAAUGGGGGAGGAGCCAGGAGGAGGGGUCAUGAAUAUGCUGUAACCCCUCCCACUGAAUGCCACGCCCUCGAUUAUGUAACCAGGACCAAUGCUGAAGAGGAGGAGAGCGAGGUCCUCCUGGUUCUCUCUGACUCUUCACCCAACUCAACAGGAACCGAUAAUGAUGAUGAUGAGUCCUUCCUCCUGCUGCAGGAGGCUUCAGGUGAUGAAGAUGAUCAGAGACAGACUGAGGAUGACGAGGUGUUUGCUGAGGACUAUCUGCUCAGAGUAUGUGAGGCGGUCCAGGUGUCCCCGGGCGUCCCUGACCAGCUGCUCCAGGUUCUGAACCGGUGGUCCUCGUCCUCAGCAGAGCUUCUGUUCGGAGGUCUGAGUCGAGUUCUUCGUCCGUGGCCUCAGCUGCUCAGAGACUUCGCCGCCUUCCUGAACCGCCAACAGGCUCGCCGCUGUGGGCUACUGACGGAGCAGCAGCUGUUUGAACGCAGCCGGAGGUUUCUACGGCGACUGGGGCGGAGUCUGGGAGAAGACUCCUCCCACUUCCGGCAGGUGGUGUCGGUGCUGCAGGGAAGCUCCACCCCCUCACCUGAGGACAUGGUCAAGAUCUCGACUCUCCUCAGACGACACACACACCUGCACCGGGAAUUCUGGGAGUUCUUCCAGCAGCUUCACGGCUCAGAAACGGACUACGUGUCCCAGAAUCCUCCUCUCCAUGGCAACGGGAAGAGAGUGGAGCGUCGGGAGUCAAAGGAGGCGGAGUCAGAGCAACCGGUCUGCGCCAAAAACAUGUCGAUGACGUCGACGGGAGAGAAAGUGGUGGAGUGGACACGUGAGGCAGACCGCUCCAUCCUGACAGCCUGUCAGCAGAGAGGAGCCAAUAGGAAGACAUUCAGGCAGGUCUCCUCCCACCUGGGGAACAAGACCGCCCAACAGGUGAGCCUCCGGUUCUCAGACCUGAUGAAUCUGUUCCACUCCGCCAACCUCCAGAAGUCCACUUCCUGUUCCUCAGAGGACUGAACGCAGGACCAAUCACGGUGGAGAGCUGAGACUCUAGAGGCGGGUCUACAUCAGGAUGUUUGAUCCCAUUAGAACAUUCACCCAGAACCACUGGAGGGUUCAGGGGGUGAGUCACAGGGAGGACAGGGGGUGUGGCCUCAGUGAGUCAGGGGACGGAGUCACAGUGAGGACAGGGUGUGUGGCCUCAGUGAGUCAGGGGGCGGAGUCAGUGAGGACAGGGUGUGUGGCCUCAGUGAGUCAGGGGGUGGAGUCAGUGAGGACAGGGGGUGUGGCCUCAGUGAGUCAGGGGACGGAGUCACUGUGAGGACAAAUGACAUUUGAAUCAUUUAGUUUCCAGUUCUUUUAUUUGACAGAGUGGAUGUUUACAGAUAUUUAUGUUUGUUAAAGAAAACAAAGAUUAAAAACCACUAAUAUUCCUGAGUGUCAGUCUUCCCAUGAUGCACCAGGGCUGAACACUCCCAUGAUUCCUAGCGGCCUUAAUGAAUGUGUUAGUGAAGGUUUUAUAGAUUGAAUGUGAAUGAAUAAAGCAUUGUUACAUGUUUCUGUCAUUUUAUUUAUUUAGAUACAAAAAUACAAAGAAGCCUUUAAUAAAUAUACAUCUUGAUAUAUAUAUAUAAGUAUUGUUUAAUGUUGUCUUCAUGGACCAUCUUAGGCUGUGAGUAUAAGGUUUCGUAGUAAUCUUUGAAGAUCUUACAUCACGUAUAUAUAAUGUGACCAGAAUGUUAUCGAUCCUUCCUUUGAUCAUUAUAUAUCUGAAUCACUUCAAAGUGAACAUAUAACUUGUGUUUCGAUCCUUUUUUCAUGCUAACACUCUACUCCUCAUGACUGGAUCACUCAGGACAUUCACAUGUUUAUAUAUUUAUAUAUAUUAUUCCGUGGGUGAGUUGCGAUAUAUCUGGGAGCAGUCUGACUGCCUUUAAGUACGCCAUCAGCGAACCGGAAGUCCCUAACUUACUAUUUAAAUAUUGUGCAUUGGAAAAGUAAAACCUUAAUGUAUUUAUAAACCUGUCGGUCGGUAAAGGACCAAUGAACAGCUACAUGACGUCACCACUAACGGCUCUAGACCAAUCAGAGAGCGUGUUGACGUCCCGCCCUUCAUGUGACAGCUGGAGGGAUGGUCAAGUUUCACAGGUGGGAACCGGAAGCAGUAAUCC